AGAGGCGGAUGAAAAUGCAGCCCGCCCUGCCCCGGCCGGGCUGGGGACAGUGCGCCGGGCUGCACCGGGCGGCCGGGCGAGGCGCACGAGCAGGGCGCCCGUCCCCCCUCAGCCCCGGAAAAUGAUCAAGUCAAUCAUGUGGACAUGUUUCAUUAUUCAUUGAACACAAUCUUUUACAACGCUCCGUUUACGUGCCCGAGUUUGCUCCCGACGCCCGCGUCUCAAUGUUUAAGAUGCUCCUUGACUUAAUGCUGGGGUUGUGUCCUGCUGAACCCACUGCAAGUUAAAGACACCCUAAUUCGAAAAUGCACGUCAUACUCUUACCCUACUGAACGUCAUAGCUCAGCGCAGCCCACCUUACACGUGCUCAGAACACGGACGUUACCCCACAGCUGGGCAAACUCAUCUCACACAAACCUGGUUCUACAACAGUGUUGAAUGGCUCACGGAGUUCAUUAUGCGUAUCACUUUCGCACCAUUGUCAAGUCAAAAAAUUGUUAAGUGAAACCAUCGCCAGGCGGUGUAGUCUGUCUGGACGCGGGAUCCCCCUCUGGCAGUCUGUCAGUGCCUGGACCAGCUGCAUCCUUUCUGGGUGUUUCUCGUCAGACUGACAGUCCUUAAGACAAGUAUGCAGUUAAGCUGCUAAGGGAUGGAAGAAGCCAGCCUGUGCCUUGGCGUGUCCUCGGCGGCGCCAGAAGCGGAGCCCCACCUGAGCGGCCCCGUCCUCAACGGCCAGUAUGCCAUGAGUCAGAAGUUGCACCAGAUCACCUCCCAGCUCAGCCAUGCCUUCCCCGAGCUGCACCCGCGGCCCAGCCCUGAGGACAAGACCCCCACGUCCCUCGACGAGAAGGCCCACGUGUCCCUGAGCGGCCAGCCCAUGGGCAGUCAGAUGGCGCUGCUGGCCAACCAGCUGGGCCGGGACGUGGACACCAGCCUUAACGGGCGCGUGGACUUGCAGCAGUUCCUCAACGGGCAGAACCUCGGCAUCAUGUCGCAAAUGAGCGACAUCGAGGACGAUGCGCGCAAAAACCGGAAGUACCCGUGCCCUCUGUGCGGCAAGCGCUUCCGCUUCAACAGCAUCCUGUCCCUGCACAUGCGCACUCACACCGGUGAGAAGCCCUUCAAGUGCCCCUACUGCGACCACCGGGCGGCGCAGAAGGGCAAUCUCAAGAUCCACCUGCGGACCCACAAGCUGGGCAACCUGGGCAAGGGGCGCGGGCGCGUGCGCGAGGAGAACCGCCUGCUGCACGAGCUGGAGGAGCGGGCCAUCCUGCGGGACAAGCAGCUGAAGAGCAGCCUGCUGCAGCCGCGGCCCGACCUGAAGCCCCUGCCGCACGCGCAGCCCACCCCGCCGGCCGCCUGCCACCUGGCGCUGCCCGCCAACCACAGCGCGCCUGACACGGCCAACCCGGUGCCCUCGCCCAAGCAGGCCAGCGCGCAGGACGAUGCCGUGGCCCCGGCCGCCGGUUUCCGUUGCACCUUCUGCAAGGGCAAGUUCAAGAAGCGCGAGGAGCUGGAGCGCCACAUCCGCAUCCUGCACAAGCCCUACAAGUGCACGCUGUGCGACUUCGCGGCCUCGCAGGAGGAGGAGCUCAUCAGCCACGUGGAGAAGGCGCACAUCACGGCCGAGUCGGCGCAAGGCCAGGGCCCCGGCGGCGGCGGUGAGCAGGCGGCCAACGAGUUCCGCUGCGAGGUCUGCGGGCAGGUGUUCAGCCAGGCGUGGUUCCUGAAGGGCCACAUGCGGAAGCACAAGGAUUCCUUCGAGCACUGCUGCCAGAUCUGUGGCCGGCGCUUCAAGGAGCCCUGGUUCCUCAAGAACCACAUGAAGGUGCACCUCAACAAGCUGUCGGCCAAGAGCAAGUCCCCCAGUGACGCUGAGGUGCCCGUGGCCUUGGGCGCCAUGGCCCAGGAGGCCCACGCCAACCUGUACUCCAGGUACCUGUCCUGCCUGCAGGGCGGCUUCCUGGCCCCAGACAAAGCCGGCCUGAGCGAGCCCAGCCAGCUCUACGGCAAGGGGGAGCUGCCCGGGAAGGAGAAGGAGGUCCUGGGGAAGCUGCUGUCCCCCAUCGCCAGCGUGGCCCACGGCAUCCCCGAGGGGGACAAGCACUCCCUCCUGGGCUGCCUCAACCUGGUGCCGCCGCUGAAGUCCAGCUGCAUCGAGCGGUUGCAGGCUGCUGCCAAAGCUGCCGAGAUGGACCCUGUGAACAGCUACCAGGCUUGGCAGCUCAUGGCCAGGGGCAUGGCUGUGGACCACGGCUUCUUGUCUAAGGGACACCAGCUCCAGCGCAGCCAGGAAGACCCCCUGGCAAACGCCAGCGUCAUGUUUGACAAGGAGAAGCGGGAGUACGUGCUAGUGGGAGCAGACGGCUCCAAGCAGAAGGUGCCUGCAGACUUGGGUCACAGCACGAAGGUGGGCGCCCAGAGGGACCUGCCAACCAAGCUGGACCCUCUGGAAGGUGGCCGGGACUUUCUGUCACACGGGCUCCACCAGGCACUUGACUAUAACUUGCAGGGCCCGGGGAGCAUGAAGGAGAAGCCCACCGAGUGCCCCGACUGCGGCCGCGUGUUCCGCACCUACCACCAGGUGGUCGUGCACUCCCGCGUCCACAAGCGGGACCGCAAGGGGGACGAGGACGGGCUGCAGGUGGGCCUGGACGAGCGGCGCGGCUCGGGCAGUGACCAGGAGUCCCAGUCCGUGAGCCGCUCUACCACGCCGGGCUCUUCCAACGUCACCGAGGAGAGUGGGGUUGGCGGUGGGCUCUCCCAGACCGGGAGUGCCCAGGAGGACAGCCCACACCCUUCCUCGCCGUCCUCCUCAGACGUCGGCGAGGAGGCAGGGCGGUCCGUCGGCGUCCAGCCACCCGCACUGCUGCGUGACAGGAGCCUGGGCUCCGCCCUGAAGGACUGCCCGUACUGCGGGAAGACCUUCCGGACGUCGCAUCACCUGAAGGUCCACCUGAGGAUACACACAGUGUGUGUCCACACAGUAACCAGCAGGAGGAAAGGAAGUGACUUGUGCCCACAAGGUGUGUUGACGCAGCCUCCCAGCGAUUUCGAAGGUGAGAAGCCCUACAAGUGUCCCCACUGUGAUUAUGCCGGCACCCAGUCUGCAUCCUUAAAGUACCACCUGGAGCGGCAUCACCGGGAGCGACAGAAUGGAGCCGGGCCCCUGGCCGGACAGCCCCCAGGCCAAGACCCCAGGGACGAGCUGCCCAGCAAAGCUGCUUUGUUUAUCAGGCCAGACAUCCUGAGGGGCACUUUUAAGGGUCUCUCCGGAAUCGACUUCCGCGCUGGCCCUGCCUCUCAGCAGUGGACGUCAGGGGUGCUCUCGUCCGGUGACCACCCCGGGCAGGCUGCUGGUGUGUCUUCUGAGGCCCCUUCAGACACGCUGAAAGGCUCCGACCUUCCUUCCAAAAGUACCCACUUCUCUGAAAUUGGAAGAGCCUAUCAAAGUAUUGCGAGCAACGGUGUGACUUUCCAAGGGUCCUUGCAAGCCUUCAUGGACAGCUUUGUCCUAGGCUCCUUGAAGAAGGAGAAGGAGAAGAAGGACAAAGCCCUGGCCGAACCUGCCUCCACGAAGGCCCACGGGGCAGACAGUGGUGAGGCCAAGGGCAGCGGGAAGGCGUCCCUGAGGCGGUCGGAGAAGUCCCAGUAUGAGCCCCUGGACCUGUCUGUGCGACCCGAUGCCGCCUCCCUCCCGGGCUCCCAGGUGACGGUGCAGGACAGCGUCGCGUGGCACGGCUGCCUGUUUUGUGCUUUCACGACGUCAUCUAUGGAGCUGAUGGCCCUUCAUCUCCAGGCCAACCACCUGGGCAAAGCCAAACGCAAGGACAGUGCUCUGGGGGUGGCCGUCACCUGCCGAGAGCAAGCCCGGGAGGCGAGCAAAGCGGCCGUGCUGCCCUCGGCGCUGUCCAGCAAGGAGACGGCCCUCGCCAACUUGAUCGGGCCUCUGGACUCUGCUUCCGAGAAGAUGGCCCAAGCACAAGUCAAAGAGACGCUGGGGGAGCAGAAGAGUGGCCCGUGGCCCGGCCACGUGGACCCCGCCAUUUGUAACUUCCCGACACACUUCUACAAGCAGUUUGGCGUCUACCCAGGUGCCGUGGGCUCGGGGGCCUCCAGUUCCGGCCCCAACAAGGGGCCUGAUGGGAAGGCCCACCCGGAGGAUGACGCGCCCAUCCUGGUCCCCGACACCGCACACCAGGACACUGCCGAUGACCUCUCCGACAUCGCCUCCUCGGAGGACAUGGGCUCCACCACGGGGGAGAACAAUGAUGAAGAGGAGGUCGAAACGGAGCCGGACAUGGUGAGCAAGCCGCAGGCCGCCCUCAGCAAGGACGGCGGCAGCGACGGUGGGGAAGGCCUGCUGCCCGCGGGCACCUCCCAGCCCGUCCAGGGACUGGUGGCACCUUUCCCCCAGGCAUCCGAGAAGCAGUGGCACGGCCCGGGCCUCCUUGCAGCGCAGGACCCCUCGGCUGGCCUGGAGAAGCCGGUGAACAUGCUGUCGGUCCUCAGGGCCUACGGUUCUGACGGCUUAGCCGCCUUUAACGGACUUGCAGGUGGGACAGCAAAUGCUGGAUGUGUCAAGAGGCCAGACUUGUGUGGUCACCGGCCUUUCCAGUGUCGUUACUGCCCCUACAGUGCCUCCCAGAAGGGGAACCUGAAGACCCACGUCCUGUGCGUCCAUCGCAUGCCUUUUGACAACAGCCAGUAUCCUGACCGCCGGUUCAAGCGCUCCAGAGUCGACUCAGAGGCUUCUGGGAAUUUUGAAGACCCCACGGCCGUCAAGGCGGGCAGCUCAGCCGAGCCGGCGGAGGAGGGCAGCCAGGCCCCGCCGGACCGCAACUGAGCGAGCCCGCCCGUGUGUCGCAGCGUUCUGUUACACGGUUGUAGAGCUGUGCGUCUGGUGAAAGAGUUUGCUGACGCAUCCGGAGGGAAAAAAUCAUGUACAACUCCCCGCUAGUGUAUAGAACAUUUUAAAAUUUUAAAAAGAUAUCUCUAUAUAUAUAUUACAAAAGCUCCCCAGCCCUUGACAAUGGCUGCUAAACUGUUACCUGGCAACAAGAACUUGCAAACAAUGCAGGUGGGGACAGGAGGCUCCAGACAAGCCCGGUGUCCUCAAAGCUCUGCUUCGGGGAGCUGGGGGCCCUUCCAACUCCAACGUGGUCUUUGUCCAAAACUCAUGCUCUUAACUGAAAAACGAUACCAUCUCAGUGCUUUAGUGCUGCCUAAGAUGGAGAGGCUGCAUUUUCGUUGUUGAGAACACCUCUGUCAUCUGACACCAGCUGCUGUCAUUUGCCUAGCACCCAAAUGACACGUGCAGGGAGGCAGCCACGGUGCCAGUCAGACUGGAGCGGUCACUGCAGAGAAAAUCAAUUCACGUGGUGUCCUGACUGCACUCUCGGAGAAAUCUUAGACGGCCCGCAGCCCGUGUCGGGCUGCCCCACGCUGCAAACGAUUGCCAUCUUAAAUGUGCAUUUAAAAAAUCCACAGCCAAACGAAUCAAUGGUCAGGAAGUGUCUGCAGACAAAUGUCCACUGCAGGCUUGAUGACUAAUUCCUUUUUUUAGAUCCAAUUGCAGUAUUGAGAGAAAUGCUUUUUUCUUGUCUUUUUUUUUUUUUUAAUUUUUGGAUUAAAAAAAAGUGGCUAAUAAAACAAUUAGGGGAACAUUCUAUAAAAUGUUUAGAAAAACUAGCCAACCCUAUGCAUAGAAGGUGCUGGUGAGAAAUGGAAAUGUAUGUAAUAAUAGAAAGAUUGUUCUUUAUUAUGAUUUUUAAAUUUUUACUUGAAUGAAGGCUGCUCUGGUCCUUGUUAUUAGAAUUUUUUUUUCAUGUGUUAGUUUUUGUAAGUGUCACAGACAUGAAGCAAGAUUCUCUUCUCCGGCCAGUUCUUAUGAAACAGCUUGUAUUAACGUAGGAAUGCAAGCAGCCUUCUCUCUGUGGCUAAGGGAGAAAACUGUUGGAGUUAAAAUGUCUGUUUUUGUAAAACAAAUGUGUUCUAUAUUUUUGUAGAUUUUAGAUUUUCUACUGAUUGGAUACUCCAAAUUUAUCAAGUUCUGCACCACUCAGAGGGAGAUUUUGAGGGCCAAUAAUGAAACACUUAACUCAUUUUUUUUUUUUUAACAAGCGGUUGAAGGACACUAGUAAUUAAGGGUUGUUCUUGAAUCUGCUCGAAUGGCAAAAAGGUUCAGCCUCUUAACUUCCUUCCUCUGAGUGACAUGAAACCGGUGCUGUUGCUUGUGGUUGGGAAGAAAAGAAGGAAUAACUUCUAAAACAAAGUCACUCAGACUUAAAAAAAAGUCGAUAUUUCCUUGCAGGCUGGGCGCACAGAAUGAAACCCCAGGGCCUUAAAAACUUCAGCUCUAUAGCAGUUUACAAAAAUACUAAACUGCAAUCAAUGUAAAUAAAAUGCUUUGCUAUCCUGAGACCAGAAGGACUCUCAGGCUAAUAAGAAAUCCGGUUUGCAUAUGCUGUGGCGAGGGUGUCACUCACCCCAGGGUGCAGUGUAAACGAGGUCGCCCUGCAACCUGGGCCCAUCUGGCAUACAGCAAACUGCUUUCUUGUUUUUCUAGAAUAGUUCUCACUGCCUUACUUAAAUCGAGUUGAUAAACUUAAUGCAACUGUUUCUAUGAUCCUAGAGAAAGGACUGAAAUGUUAUCGCAAACGUUCUGACUGUAGUAAGCUUUAGCAUUUUAACUGCACUACUGUGUUUGGUGGCUGUGCCGGUCGCUUGCUUUCUGUGUGUUUGCCCCGCCUUUGGUAUCUUAGCAAAGAAAAAAAUAUAUACAAAAAAAAGAAGAUAAAAAAAGUAAAAAGGAAAAAAAAAAAGAGGAAAAAAAAAAAACCAAGAGCCACAUUCCAUUCCCAGCAUUUUGGGAGCUCUUUCGGUAUUCUUUCAUGUCUUCUGAGCAUCGUCAGAUGCGACAGGCAAUAAUUCUGUUUGUGACACUGGGAACAGCCCCUCUUCUUUGUGGCGUGUGUGUUGAUUCCAUUUUGUCCAGUGCUGCCGUCCCCUUUUCCCCCUCUCACACAGGCCUUCCUUCCAGAACAUUUGUAACUUGUAAUACAAACAAGUGACAGCCGCAGUGAUGCAGUGUCAGUUUCUGAAUGUCAUCAGGUUCUCCUAUCUAAACAUGUCAAGUUUCCCUGUAACUUCUGUAGUCUGUGAUUCUGGUCAGAAUACUGUCUGCAUUCCUACACAAAGGAAAAAUCUAUCUUGGAGGAAUCUGAGAUCAAUAGAGUAGAGGAUUUUGUUGCUAUGCUUGUAACAAGUAGAAAACUUUGUAUUUAAAGUUUAUUCUUGGUCAUUAUUUAUUAUUAUAAGACAUCAGUUGACAGAACUUUAUUCUGGUAUAGAAAGUAUUAAAAGUUGUUUUU